UCCAUCAUCCCAUUAAUCAAAUAAUAUAAUACGAUCCGGUAAGACGAAAAGAUAUGAUUCCACGGGACCCACUUGCAUAAAGAUAAGUCUCUCAUGUCGUGUCUCAACCUUUCGUCUCUCCGCCCCCGUACCUUCUAACUUCUCCGACGAUCACUGAGAUUCAAGCAAUGGCAUCACUUCACUCUACCCUCACUUACUGGCUCGUGAACCACCCAAACAUCAUCAAUUUUACGUGGACGGAAGGUGAGACUCUUGGCUCCACCGUCCUCUUCGUGUCCGUUGUAGUCUCAGUCUACCUCUCCGCCACGUUACUCCUCCGAUCUGCCAUCGAUUCACUCCCUUCUCUCGGUCCCAAAAUUCUCAAACCAAUCACAGCCCUCCACAGCCUCAUCCUCUGCCUUCUAUCUUUGAUCAUGGCUAUUGGUUGCACUCUCUCCAUCACCACAGAUCCGACAACAAGUUUGUUCAACGCGAUCUGUUUCCCAUUGGACGUGAAACCUAGCGGGCCGCUUUUCUUCUGGGCUCAAGUCUUCUACCUCUCGAAGAUCCUGGAGUUUGGAGACACAAUCCUCAUCAUACUCGGCAAAUCAAUCCAACGGUUGUCCUUCCUCCACGUGUACCACCACGCGACGGUUGUGGUCAUGUGCUUCCUCUGGCUGAGGACCCGGCAGUCGAUGUUUCCGGUCGCGCUCGUGACGAAUUCGACGGUUCAUGUUAUUAUGUACGGCUAUUACUUCCUAUGCGCUGUGGGAUCGAGGCCGAGGUGGAAGAGGUUGGUGACGGAUUGUCAGAUUGUGCAGUUUGUUUUCAGCUUCGGUUUGUCCGGUUGGAUGCUCCGAGAGCAUUUGUUCGGGUCGGGUUGCUCUGGGAUUUGGGGGUGGUGUUUCAACGCUGCUUUUAAUGCUUCUCUUUUGGCUCUCUUCUUCAACUUCCAUUCCAAGAACUAUGCUAAAAAGACUAGCAGACAGGGAGACCGCAAAAGCGAUUAAGUUUAGUUGUGUCUUGUAUUUGACAUUUUUUUGAAAUUGUCUUAUGAAUAAGAUGUCACAUAAAUCAUAAAAUGGAUUGGUUGUGUGAUU